AUGUCAGAAACCCCCGCGAAGCAGGAGACUCCCCAGAGCCGCCGCCUGCGUUUUUUGGGGUUGGCUCGUGCCACAAGAGACACCUAUAUUCCUCGACUUGCCGAGUCCGUCACCCUGUUGACCGGAUUAUCCAGAGGACCUAACGAUGCAUUCGAUGAUUCCGGGCGCCUAAUAGUCCCAAAAGAUGCCACGAUUACGCUUUUUCCAUCAUAUACUCGAAAGAUAGACGAUGAGUACUUGGUUGAUGUGAGAGGAUGGCUCUGGUGUCCCGGACUUAUGACCAGAAAAAACCGACUAAUACUAUCGUUAGCCAAGCAAUUGACUCGUUCCAGUAACCCGGCACGCCAGGAGCAGGUGGUGGGUAAACUUGAAGACGAACAUCUCUCGCAAGAUGUCUACAAUCCUGACGAUAGCUCAGAGCUGUCAGUUGAAUCGGACCUCACCUCGAUUUCUACCACUGACACACGCCGAGAUACAACUGCGGAACUACAGUCGCUGUCAUCGAACUCGUCGUCUGAUGGUCUUCUUAAGCAGCGUAUGGGUUCAUUCAUAGCACGGUCUUUGCCCAACAUAGAAAUUCGCAUUAUCGUGGGAUCUGAGGAGGUUUACCCUACAGACGUACUAAAACAAGCGCUAUUGACCACUGACGUCAAUGGUCACUUCGAAACCACCAUAAGGGUCAAGUAUAAGCCAUCGGUUGUUCAGGUGCAACCGCUCCAGAAUGAAACUAUUUUCGCAAUGCAAGACGUGAUGAUUUACUCCAGCAAUGGCUUGGCAAUUAUAAGCGAUAUAGACGAUACCAUCAAGCUUACGGGUGUAUGCGGCGACAAGAGAGAUCUUAUGCGAAAAUUGCUCCUUAGUGAUAUCAAUAGUUGGAACAUCCCCAACAUCGUGGCUUGGUAUAUUGAUUUCUACAAGUCCCACAACGUUUCGUUUCAUUAUGUGUCGAACUCCCCAUGGCAGCUCUACUCUGUCAUUAACGAGUAUUUCAAAACUGUCAAACUUCCAUUGGGCUCCAUCCACUUAAAGCAGUAUUCAGGUAACAUCAUCACCAACCUUAUGGAACCUUCUUCGUCUCGAAAGAAAAAAUCUCUCUACAAAAUCGUUGAAGAUUUCCCAAACAAAAGUUUCAUAUGCGUUGGAGAUUCUGGAGAGCAGGAUUUGGAGGCAUAUGUCGACCUCGCGGUGAAAUAUCCAAAGAAUAUCAAAGCUAUUUUUAUUCGUUAUGUCACUGAUUCACUAUCUGAUGUUGACGAUAUGAAAAUAAUGAAGCGGUUGAUGCGCAUUCAAACAAUGGCAGAAGCUCGGGUGAAAAAAGCUAAUGCCGAUUCUGAUGUCAACUUGAUUGAUCUCGCUUCAAAUCCUGCUUCGCCAGAAGAACGAAAAGCCAAACUUCCCCCAAUGGUUCCUAAAAAACCUUCGAAUCUUAAGGGCAAGAACUUGACACGGAAACCUCCUCCCGUGACACCGCCCCAACGUGUACAUACAGAUUCUGAUCUUUCCGAUCUCAAGACCCAAGAUAUUCCGCCUCCCUUACCUUCACGUUCGGCGACAAAUGUGGACGUUGGUAGACCAUGGAGUCCUCCCCCAAAGCUUCUACUGGAUCUUCAAACAAUAUAUCAUUUUCAUGACUUUGAGGAACUUGAAGACAUAGAUAGUAAGGGCGCUGCAUGGAUCAGGAGACUCAUCAGCGCAAUCUACAGAUUGGAAGGUACAGAUACCCAGAUCAAAAUAUUUACGGAUGAAGACGAAGAUUUCUUCAAGACAAGUUUAGAAAUAGCUCAAAAACAAGUCCAGCUGUGA